GAAAUACCAGCGUGAGCGUGGACGUGACGUGAGAACUCACGUUGAACGUUCUUUUGAAAUAGUUUAAUUUGUUAUGGCUGGUAUUUCUACAAAGACUGUGCACGAAAUCUUUCAGACUAUGGAUUAUGGAUCAUCCACCACGAACACUGCAACAGCACAGUCCUGGCUGGAGAAGCACUCUCGCACUCUUGGCUUCUUCGUUGAUGGGAAAUUUUCCAGCCCUGCAGACAGGCAGACCCAGGAUGUGACUGAUUCCAAAGCAGCGGUGGUCUGCAGCACUGUUUGUGCUAAAGAUGAGGAUGUUGUUGCUGCUGUCUCCUCUGCAGAUCAAGGCUUCAAAACCUGGAGGGAAAUGAGCUGUUACCAAAGAGCCAAAGUCUUACUCAAGUUGGCGAGUGUUCUGCAAAGACACAGUCAGUGUGUAUCUGAGCUGUGUGAGCUCUCUCAGUCUUCUACCUCUCCUACGGUGCUCAUUAGACUGGCCCAAUACUACGCCAGCUGGGCUCAACUACGAGACACACUCAUGCCUGAGUGGACCCCGCAUGGUGUCGUGGUAGUUUCAGAUGACUGCACUGUAUAUUUUCUUAUGCUGAAAGUUUUACCAGCCCUAUCUAUGGGCAAUGCUGUUAUUGUAGUGCCUGGCAAGACUACCACUCUUCCUGCCCUUCUGUUGGCUCAGCUGUUUAUGGAGGCUGGACUCCCUGCUGGAGUGUUAAAUGUGGUGACAGGCAGUGAAGCACUGGCUGCCAAACUGGCUCAAAAUCCACAAGUGACCUACCUGACCUAUUGUGGAUGCAAACAGACCGGAGAAGCUGUGGCUAAAGCAGUGGCUGGCUGGGGAGUCCCCAUGUCUUUCUCUCUCUCACAAAGCUCUGUGUGCCCUUUUAUCAUCUUUGAUUCGGCAGACCUCGACAGUGCUGUGGAUGGAGUGAUAGAGCUGGCCUUUAAGAAGAAGAGAGAUUUCCAGUGGGUGCUCUGUGUGCAGGAAUCAGUGUUGGACAGUGUUGUGGCGAGGCUGAAGUUGAGAAUGGCUGGGAUGAAAUGUGUUUCUCUUGUCACUGAGACUGACAGGAACCGUAUAGAUGUUGUUGUUCAGGAGGCACAGCAGCAGGGGGCAAUACUGAUCCAGUCAUGUCCUCCUCCUCCUACUGGAGGUCUCUACCCUCCUACUGUAUUAUGUGGACUGGCUCCCUCCUGCGAAUCUGUGAUUUCACCUCCUCCAGGCCCUGUGCUGCCUCUCAUAUCCUUCAGGAGCUCUGCUGAGGGAGUUGCACUUGGAAAUCACAGUCCUCAUGGUCAGGCUGCCUCCAUCUGGACUGAAGAUUUGACUCUGGCUUUGGAGUCUGCAAAGAGUCUGUGCUUGGGAUCGGUGUGGGUGAACUGUCAUUCUGUAAUGGAUCCCGCACUGCCUAUAUGCGGACGGAGGGAGAGCGGGAACUGCACCGAUGGAGGCAGAGAGGGGCUGUAUCAGUUCCUUCGGCCAUCGCUUUCACCCUCCCUCCCCCGCUCCAGUCCCAGCUCUAUCAACUAUGCUGCAUUUGGCUCUGUGGCAUCCAAGUUCAUGAUACCUGAAGGAUUUGAUCCUUCCAGUGUCCCUCGCUUUUACCCACAGUUAGUGAGUGGUCAGUUGCGUAAAGCUGACUCGGGCUGCAGCAGGUCAGUGUUGGCCCCUGGGGGUGCUGUUCUGGCUCACUGCCCAGAUGGAGGCAGGAAGGAUGUCCGGAAUGCAGUAGAGGCCGCCACUAAAGUCCAGCCUGGGUGGAUGAAGAAGAGCCCUGCUACACGUUCUCAUUCCAUUUAUUCACUUGCUGACAGUCUGGAUAAGAGGAGGCAGGACAUGGCUGUAUCAAUCCAAACUCAAACCGGCAUCUCAUUUGAAGAGGCAGAGAAAGAGGUGGAGCUUAGCAUCUCCAGGCUCUCUGAUUGGGCUGCACGCUGUGAUAAAGAACAGGGUGGAACUCCAUUCCCGCCCCAGUCUGGCUCUGCCCUGUCAACUCCUGAGGCUUUAGGAGUGCUGGGAGUGAUUCUCCCCAGCUCUAAACCUCUGCUCUCUUUGGUGUCUCUGCUGGCGCCUGCUGUUGCCAUGGGAAAUGCUGUUGUCAUGGUGCCAAGUGAAAAAUACCCUCUUCCAGCUCUUGAAUUUAUACAGGUCCUACAGGCCUCUGAUAUCCCUGCCGGUCUGGUCAGUAUAAUAACAGGGGGCAGAGAUCAACUAACCCAGGCACUUGCCAACCACAGUGUGAUUCAAAGCAUUUGGUAUUGGGGAAGUAAAGAGGGCUGUCAGUUUCUUCAGUACUCUUGUAUCAGUCCCCUUAAACGUUUGUGGCUACAUUGUGAAGAGGAAGAGGAGAAGGAGGCAGGCCGAAACUGGAGCAGCUCAAAUCCCUCUCUUCAAGAAGAACUUUGGAGGAAGGCUGUGGUCUGGAAGAGUAUAUGGAUCCCUUCUGCAUAAAAGCACUUAUCAUUCAGUUUUAGGAGGUGAGGGAGCAGUAGUAGAUACUGUUAAGUUUUCACACAAGCCAUUUAGACAAUAAAGAGUGGCCGGGGGUGUUACAAGAACAUUUUUCACUUUCACAAAGUCACGUAUAAUAAGAAAGUACUUUUUAUUAGUAUCCUAUGAUAGACGGUUGUAUUCUGACAAAUUAAUAACUGUUAUAACUAGUCUAAUUUGUUUCAGUACAGUAAUCAGGUUUUAUUACAGUGUAAAAAUAAUAAUAAAUUGCCAUUAUUGUACAGAACCAACAAUUAUUUGUAAAACACAUUGUGCUCUUACAUAUUGCAGUGAAUUUCAGUUCCCUGUUGUCAUAUGAGAGGGGUCUCGAUAUGGUUGUUACUACGGUAUAUGGAUAUAGUUGCUUAAAUGAAAACUGUAAUUAAAAAGAUUAAAUGAUCAGAAAACUGGUCUAAAAUGUGUG